AAGCGCUAUGUGACCAUCAACCCAGGUGCCGCCAACUCGGACGACCGUUUGUGGCCAAAUGGCAAGAUUACAUAUUGCUUCGAGUCGAAAGCGACAAAGGAGCUGUUCUUCGAAGAUCUGCUCGAGGCGAGGAAGCUGUGGGAAAACUCAGGCCUUGGAUCUGGCUUUGACUGGGAAGAAAAGGAUGAGUCCUGUAACAACAACGCGAACAGGCCGAACUUCCUUCUCAUUACCAAGAGCGAUGGACUGUCCUGUACCGUCGGCAUACCGCCUCUCAAUAAGAUGAGCGGCGACCCAGAGAACAGAGGGCCUCUGAUGAGACUGACUGCAGAUCUUGAUAUUGGAAAGCAAAACUUGGUUGCCAACUUCGCGCAUCAAAUGGGCGUAAGCAUCCCUUCAUAUUCGCAUGCGUGGGGUCUGCAUCACGAGCAUCAAAAUCCAGCCUUCUGGUCAUCUGACUACGCCGCUGCCGGCGGAAACGUCUUCGGUGCUUCAAAUUUCAAAUGCGAGAAUCUGAAAGACUAUGCCAGUGUCGCUGCAACGCUAACUGCCGAUCAAAUGAAGAAAGCUUGCACUUCGAGGGCUUUUGCCAAAGCUCAUCGAUUCAGCGCUGCUGAGUAUCUCCCAUUUGUUGAUUCAACUGCAUAUAGAGCGAGCAAGUCGGUUACGGAACCUGAUUGGGACUCUAUCAUGAUCUACGAUAGUGGUAUGGGAUCAGUCUUGACCAAGCCGAAUGGCGAUCAGAUCAAGCAAGUCCUUGCUCCCAGCCAACGUGAUGUCGAGGGUCUAAAACUCUUGUAUGGCAUUUCGCCCGAGUCAAAAUUCAAUCCACUUGGAAGUAAGUCUAAUUCCAAGAGGAACAAGUUCAAUGAUAUCCGUAAGAAAGAGAGGGACAGUGGGUGU